GGCGUUCCGGGAUUACAGUGACGUCACGCCGCUACCCUUGCAUGGAUGAAUGCUAAAGAACUAUAGAGGCACAAAUAAUAGCACAAGCACAGUCCAUAUCUUGCAAGUCUUACGUUAUCCUUUAAGCCUCCUUCGCCUAACAUAACAAUUUUUCCCUACUAAUGACGCUUAAUUUCAUUUCUCAUCAGAUCCUCGGAGGGGAUUAUUCAUUCGUAUAAAACAAUCCGCGGCAAAGUCUCCCUCCUAUAUGGGCGAAAGUCAUGUAUUAUUGACAGGGGCAAAGAGAAAGGCCGUGCGUGCGUGGAAAUGCGUGGAAGAUCACGGAUUUGAAGUGGAAUUGGGAGCAAUCGAUCCGGGCUGCAUGAGGAGGAAUUAUUGCUGAUGCUUACAAAAGAAGGAGCGAUGUCUUUCUCCCAGUUUGGAUACCCUUAUAAUGCAACUUCACAGUUUUUCGUGUCGGCAAACCCCAGUACGACUUGCUGCGAUUCGAUUUCCAGGUCGGUGCCGCCGGACGGCUCCACCGGAGGAGCCCAGACCCCCGCAGCCGUAGCGGCGGCCGCCGCAGCCGCCUCCUUCUGCUGUCCCGCGCCCUACGAGAACCGGCUGCUGGCCGGGAGCCGCAGCGAACUCAACGCGGCUGCUCUAGGCGUGUAUGGCUCCCCCUACGCGGCGGCGGCUGCAGCCAGCCAGAACUACGCCAACUACUUCCCCUACGGAACAGACCCCUCCGCCGCCAUCUACUCCUCUCUGAAUCCACAGUACGACAUGAAGGAGACUGCGGGCACUUUACACUCUGGAAUUAGUCAAACGGCUGGUUACUAUCCCUAUGAUCCAUCGCUAGGCCAGUAUCAAUAUGACAGAUACGGGACGGUGGACUUUAACAGCACAGCCAGACGAAAGAAUGCCACCAGAGAGACCACGAGCACCUUGAAAACAUGGCUCUAUGAGCACCGCAAGAACCCAUACCCCACCAAGGGAGAGAAAAUCAUGCUUGCUAUUAUCACCAAAAUGACCCUUACCCAGGUCUCAACUUGGUUUGCUAACGCCCGCCGGAGACUUAAGAAGGAGAAUAAGAUGACUUGGUCGCCCAAGAACAAGGCUGGUGAUGACAGGAAGGACGACAUCAGCAAAAGCGAGCAUGACUGUCUCACCAAAGAUUCCAGUGACUGUAAAGAAGAAAAAGAUUUGCAUCUAAGCGAUUUGGACGACAUGGAUGAAGAAGAGUGUGACAAGCUGGAUGGCGAAUGUGAAAAAGUGGGAACAGACGAGAACAUUACGCUCCCCAUCUCAACCCUCAAGAGAGACUGCACCUCAGAACUCCACUUGAACGUAUCAAACAGCUUCCACCACGCCUUCCCCUGCACAAUCAAAACCACCCUCCCGACACUUCCCGCUGACUUCCUAGAUCCCGUAGCGUCCAAGACCCCAUCUAGUGCAGGAACCUUGACCUUGUCUCACUGUGAAGCAUCAGACAAGCCUCGGAUUUGGUCUCUAGCCCGGACAGCAGCGUCGGGCGUUAUUUUGAGCCCGCAGCACGCGACCGAGCUCAGGACAAGCAACCAGAGUGGCGACUGCCAGCUCCAGAGGUUGACUGGUGCCCCAGGAGUUCCCAGUGGACAAUGCGGGCUCAUGAGAGGCCUCCAGGAAGUUAAUAGCAUACCAGGCGGUGUGAACACAUUUCCUGAGGCACCUCCUUUGCACUCUAAAGUCUAUGGCCCAGGCAGCUACAAUCACAAGGGCCUCCAGUUGCACUGUCCAUCCUAUUCCACCCUUACAGAUACAUGCCAAUAUUCCGCUACUGAAGGAUUCCCUGGCACUAAGGCAGUAGAGACGUCAUCAGACAUCAGCCAAACUUGUAUAACCUUGCAUGACGACAAGGUCACCGCGUUCAGGCCAGUGAUGAAAAGAUGAACGGAGGACAUACAAUAAUUAGGAAGUUCAUAAUGCACUAAGAGGAACAUACCGUAGGCCUCAGUGGGACACUUGUGAGCACUGCAUGUUGCAGUCGGAACUAUCAAACUUUGGAACAUUUUGCACAACUUUUGUUUUUCUAUGUGUCGUCGAAGAAAUUAUGCAAAAAAUCGUACAUGGAAAAUGUAUGACAAUUUGUGUGUGGCAAUCGUGUAUGAUUACAAACCGAUUUAUUUAUUCAUGUAUUUAUUUUUCAGUGUGUUCUCUCUGUCUACUUUUUCAGCAUUCUGUUAAGAAAUGUGUAUUGUUGUGGUGGAAAAAAAUAGAUUAAGAUUAUGUCACAGUAAACGUUCUGUGUU